AUGUCAACACAAGGCCCUUUCCAAUGCUGCUGCAGCCCUUCGCUUCCUGGUUCUGAUACUACCUCCGAUGCUGACUACUACAAGACGAAUGGUGUCCUGAAUUUCUUGGACAUGGUGGUCGACCGUGAACUCACGUUGGACUGCAUCCAUGGCAGUCAACUACCUCCUAAUCAGCAUCUUGUGGGCGCUCCAGACCACGACAUCUGCGAUGAAGUUGAUGAUCUGGAAGAGGGCGAAAUCGGCGAGGAAGACGAGGGUCUAGAAGAGGGCGAAAUCCGCGAGGACUUGGAAAUGGCCGAGACUACCAGCUCGGAGUCAGCUUAUUCUGAACGAUCUACGGUGAGCUCGAACGGUUGGCUAGUCUACCUUGAAUGGUAUGUCAAACCGAAACCCGCGGAGCGAGAGGUUAUCGAGGUCACCGCCGCCCAACUGGCAAAAGAAUAUGCUUGCGACACGGUGUUCAUACGUUCAAACAUCCACAACACGACUCGCAUCCAAACCAGACAUGGCCGCAAAACCGUUCUAGCGCCAUGGCAUUAUACUUGUGACUUCAAGAUGAGAGAGCGCAAAUGGAGGCCGUCGCAUGUCUACACCGACACCCGAGCUGUCCAACGUGCGACCAGAUACACGGAGAUGGUCACGAAGACUACUGGACUUGCUCGAGGAACAUGCAAGAACCCCGAUUUCUACGACAAGACGGCAUAUUCCCAUUGCAAUGGUGAUUGCAGAGCCCGAGCGAUGCUACAGGUUUGAUCAAC